AUGUUAGAGGCCAAGCUAAACAAUGCAUCCAUUUUGAAGAAGCUAUUUGAGUGCAUCAAAGAUUUGGUAAAUGACGCAAAUGUAGACGCAGACGAAAGUGGGUUGAAAUUACAAGCACUGGAUGGGAACCAUGUAUCAUUAGUCAGUCUGCACUUGGUGGAUUCGGGUUUCUCACACUACAGAUGUGAUCGGGAAAGAGUCUUGGGUGUUAAUAUUGCCUCGCUAAAUAAAGUCUUCAAAUUAUGUGGCGCCAACGAAUCAGUAGUUAUAUCAAGCAAGGAUGACGAAGAUAAUCUCAACUUUGUUUUCGAAAAUAAUAAAGAAGAUAAAGUGACAAACUUCUCCUUAAAAUUAAUGUCAAUUGAAUUGGACUCUUUAAACAUCCCAGACUGUGAAGAAGGUUUUGAUGCAGAGGUAGAAUUGAGUAGCAAAGAAUUAACAAACAUCUUCAGAAAUUUAUCUGAAUUUUCUGAUACUGUAUUUAUCGAAAUAGAUUCUAAUAUUAUUAAAUUUACUACAAAAGGUUUAGUGGGUGAUGCAGAAGUGGCAUUAAAGCCAAGGGAAUCCACAAGUGAAGAUGAUGUGGGGGUUACUAUCAAGUCUAGGAAAAAAAUUAAACAAUCCUUUGCCAUCAAAUAUUUAAAUUUGUUCUCCAAGUCAACUAUCCUCUCCGAUGUAGUCACCCUGGGCUUAAGUGACAAUAGACCCAUCGAGUUUAAGUAUGAAAUAAAAGACACAUCCCCAGACGCAGACACUCUCAAGGUGGGCUUUGUUAAAUUUUUCUUGGCGCCUAAAAUGGAUGACGAUAUGGAUAACAAGGACUAG